AUGCCCGACCUAAUCAAAAGGUUCAAGGGCAAAUCCCUGGAUCCUCGAUCCUCGACCCUCGAACCCCAGGACAUGUACGAGCAGCUGGAGUACGUCACCAAGCUCGGCUCCCUGCAGACGGUGAUGUCGAUGAUCCCCGGGAUGAAUCAAGAUAUGCUUCCCGCAGGCUACGAGAAAGAAGGCGUCCAGCGCAUCAAGCGGUUCAUGACGAUCAUGGACUCGAUGACGGACGAGGAGUUGGACUGCAAAAAGAACGCGUUGCUGGACAAGGACCUCUCGCGCAUCAUCAGAGUGGCGAAGGGUUCCGGCACGCACCCGAUGGCGGUGGCAGAGCUUCUUCAAGAGCACAAGCGCUUCGAGAAGAUGGUGGGGAAGAUGGGCAAGGCU